AUGUCAUCUGCCUUGCUCAGAUACCUUUCCCAAAACUACACUUAUGGAGCUAAGUUUGGAAUCCUUGCUCUCUUAGCUGUCAGUAGUUUAGUUGUGAGUUUGCUCGCGAUUGUCUUUGUUCUCAGCUUGGCCCUCAAAUUCAUGACUAAAGGAUCAUCAGAGAUUGAAGAAGAAAGUUCCCAGAAAAGAACGAGUCAAAGUGAAAGAGGCGAAGAAGACAUCGCACCUGUCAAGUACUCAUCCUUGAAUAAUGAGGAAGAGACCAUCCAGGAUGUAUCUUAUGUAGACCCUCAAAAGAAAAAUAUAUGCAAAAGAAAAUGCAUCUGUGCAGCCAAGUGGAUAAUGCUGAUUCUAGAAGUGAUCAUUGUAGUUCUUUUAGUUCUAUUUGCAAGCCUUUUGGCUGCUUUUAACCUCUUUUCGUCGUAUCUUCUAGCGGCAGUGAUCACAUGGUCUCUCCUCAUGAGUUUUAUACUAUUUCUUUGGUAUUUGUAUAAUUGGGUUAUUGGGAAUUAUGGUAAAAUCUAUUUUUCAAAAGCAAGGUAUGUACUAAUCCCAGCUAUAUUGCUAUUUUGAGCAAUUUAUGCAUCCUUCAUCUUUUGGAGUGGCGCAUGCCUAUGUAUUUUAAAUGACACUUUGCCUGGAAUCCAAUCAGGAGAGUAUCUAUUCCACACUGCUUUCAUGAGGUAUUAUCAUUCAGAAACAUGACCAGUAGGAGACAAACCUUGUUUGGUGUAUGCCACUCUUCCUGAAAAUGCGGAUCAAAGUGUAUUCAUCAAUUUCCAUAUCAAUGCGGAUUCGUGUGAAAACAGAAAAUGCAGCCCAGUCUUAGAGUACAGAGAGUAUUCAUCCAAUUCUUGGCAAAGCAUUGUUCCAAUCCAAGGAGAAUAUGAGUCGCCUCCUUCAGAAUACAGUCAGAGGUAUAUAUUCACUGCCCUUUUAAAAGAUUUGAGCCCUAAAACUCUUUACGAAUUCAGGAUCCAGGAACCUACAUGGGACGAAGAUUCAGAACAGAAUGUAAUGUAUUCCUACAAAACCUUUGACCCAGAAAACUUGAAAAUCGUUCAAGGAGGUGACUCUGGCAACACUAAAGAAGCAAUUGAGAUGAACCAAAACAGCUUGAAAAACAUCAACCCUGAUCUCGUGAUGAUCGGAGGUGAUAUUGCAUAUGACAAUAACAUUGCAACAUGAUAUCAAACAUGGGAUUACCUGCUUAAGAAUCUUCUUCUUCAAAAAUUUGAUGAAGAGACAAAUACUCACAGAGUAAUUCCUAUUAUAUUUGCGACUGGGAACCAUGAUCUUGGAGUAGACUCCUAUAAUAAUGCAAUAAUUCCUCACAACAAGCAUGCUCCUGUAUUUAAGCAUUAUUUUCCGCAAAAUACAUAUGAAGGAAAAGUGCCAAAUAUUUAUCAAAGAAAAUCCUAUUUCUCCCAUAAAAUCUCUGACAGGAUACUGAUCAUCACUGCUGAUAUGGCAUAUGAGACUAAAAUAGAGGGUGAGCAAGCAGAAUGGAUGGAAAAAAUUCUGAGUGAAUUUGAAAAUCCCAUCAACUCAGGCUUACCAUCUUUCUUCAAAGGCAGUAAAAUUAAGCUUGCCCAGUACCACGGUCCAAUUUAUACGUCAAUAAAACAAGGAAGUCAACAUGAUGAAGAAGUCAUAGAGAAAGGGCUGAAAUACUUCACUCCUCUAUUUGAUAAAUACAAUGUAAAGAUAGCAUUCGAGAAUCAUUCCCAUUCUUUCAAAAGAAGUAAACCAAUCAAGAACGGGGUCAUAGAUGAAGAAGGAACCUAUUAUCUCGGUGAAGGUUCAUGGGGAGUUUCGAAGCUGGGAAAGGUCAUAAUCCCUCAAAACACUGACUUACAUGAAACUACUAGUCAGGGAUUCAGCAUCUGGGGCCUUAAAAUUGACUCCACUAACACAAUCAAAGCUACUGCUUACGACACAGAUUACUCUAUUAUUGAUCAGCUAGAAAUAGAUAUAUAA